UUGGCCAGCAGAGGGGUAUAUAAGCCCCCGGUGAUGUUUGUAUGAUGCGGCUUCACACAACCUUCUCCUUCUUCAUCAGCCAAACCUCCACUCACACCGUCUAAAGAUGGCACCAAAGAAGGCAAAGAGGAGGCAGGCAGCAGGAGACAGCGGUUCUUCCAAUGUGUUCUCCAUGUUUGAGCAGAGCCAGAUUCAGGAGUACAAAGAGGCGUUCACAAUCAUUGACCAGAACAGAGACGGUAUCAUCAGCAAAGAUGAUUUGAGGGACGUUUUGGCCUCAAUGGGUCAGAUGAACACCAAACCUGAGGAGCUGGACGCCAUGAUCAAGGAGGCCAGCGGCCCCAUCAAUUUCACCGUCUUCCUCACCAUGUUCGGAGAGAAGCUGAAGGGUGCUGACCCCGAGGACGUUAUUAUCACUGCCUUCAAGGUUCUGGACCCCGAGGGUACCGGAAGCAUUAAGAAGGAAUUCCUUGAGGAGCUCCUGACCACCCAGUGCGACAGGUUCACCAAGGAUGAGAUUAAGAACAUGUGGUCCGCCUUCCCCCCAGAUGUUGCUGGCAACGUAGACUACAAGAAUAUCUGCUAUGUCAUCACACACGGAGAGGAGAAGGAGGAGUAAAUAGAACGCAAGAAGCCCAAGAAAAUACAGCAAUCCCUAUGCUAUUCUGCCUCCCUUUCCUCCUAACCAUCCCUUUGUGUUAACCCAUGUGCUCAGCCGCUCAAGACUUGUCACACUGACACAUGAGAGUGCUGACGCACAUGGGGUGUCUGUGUCUGCUUAUGGGGAAAGGGGGUGAUUUCCAAUAAAAGAUUAUUCUUUAACAUCAUUUCCAUCCACAAGCUUUUCUCAAUAAUCUUUCCUUGCAACCAUCUUCUGUCUUCUCACCUCCACAUCUCUGUCUGCCCCGUCACUUCUGCCUCUGAGGUGUUUGUGGUAAUAAGAUGUGUCCCUAUCCUUCCUGCAGUAUCUGUGAAGAAGACAGGCUUACUACUGGGAUAAGGCACACACUAAAUAUGGGGACCUCAUUCCAAAUUUUGAAGAUGUCCUCUGGGGUGGAAAAGGUGAGAAGAGGGAGAACAUAAGCAGUUUAGGAAGGGGGAAAAGUUGCGUCCUUAAAGUGACAACAACUUUUUCCUUGGAAAGUGAAAAAAA